CGCCCUGCCGCGGCUGGUGUCGCACGACUGGUCACCGCUUCCCGCGGAGUGCGGGCGCCGAGUGGGGGCCGCGCCAUGGCUGCCGCCCAGCCCAAGGCCCCUGUGGGGGCGGCCGCGGCCCGGCGCCUGGCCCGGGGCUGCUGGUCCGCGUUCUGGGACUACGAGACACCCAAGGUGAUCGUGGUGAGGAACCGGCGCCUGGGGGUCGUGUACCGCACGGUGCAGCUGCUCAUCCUGCUCUACUUCGUGUGGUACGUGUUCAUCGUGCAGAAGAGCUACCAGGACAGCGAGACCGGACCCGAGAGCUCCAUCAUUACCAAGGUCAAGGGCAUCACCACCUCGGAGCACAAAGUGUGGGACGUGGAGGAGUAUGUGAAGCCCCCUGAGGGGGGCAGCAUAUUCAGCAUCAUCACCAGGAUCGAGGUCACACCCUUCCAGACCCUGGGAAUCUGUCCGGAGAGCAUAAGGGUCCACAAUGCCACCUGCCAUUCGGACAACGACUGUGUGGCUGGGGAGCUGGACAUGCUGGGCAACGGACUGCGAACUGGCAGAUGCGUACCCUAUUACCACGGGGCCUCCAAGACCUGCGAGGUGUCCGGUUGGUGCCCAGUGGAGGAUGGGGCCUCUGUCAGCCAAUUUCUGGGUACAAUGGCUCCCAAUUUUACCAUCCUCAUCAAGAACAGCAUCCACUACCCCAAAUUCCAGUUCUCCAAGGGCAACAUCGCAGGCCGCAAGGAUGACUACCUCAAACACUGCACUUUCGACUACGUCUCUGACCCUUACUGUCCCAUCUUCAAGCUGGGCUUCAUUGUGGAGCAGGCAGGGGAGAACUUCACGGAGCUUGCACACAGGGGUGGUGUCAUUGGGGCCAUCAUUAACUGGGACUGUGACCUGGACCUGUCUGCGUCAGAAUGUAACCCCAAGUACUCCUUCCGGAGGCUGGACCCCAAGCAAGUUCCUGCCUCCUCAGGCUACAACUUCAGGUACCUGUGCUUGGGACACCUGGGCCCAGGAGAUGGACAGUGCCUUUGCCCUGGCCCUCCAGCAGUGGCCCCAGAGAGGAAGGGUGUGCAGGCAGCCUGGACAGCGUCUGGCUCAUUCCACCCUAGGUUUGCCAAGUAUUACAAGAUAAAUGGCACUACCACCCGCACACUCAUCAAAGCCUACGGAAUCCGCAUCGAUGUCAUUGUGCACGGACAGGCAGGGAAGUUCAGCCUGAUUCCCACCAUCAUUAACCUGGCUACUGCUCUAACCUCCAUCGGGGUGGGAUCCUUCCUGUGUGACUGGAUCUUGCUGACAUUCAUGAACAAAAACAAGGUCUACAGUCACAAGAAAUUCGACAAGGUGUGUACACCACGCUGGUCCACCAGUAGCUGGCCUGUGACCCUUGCCCUUGCUUUGGGCCAGGCCCCUCCUCCACCCAGGCACUGCUCCCAGGCCCAGCCACCCAACCCUCUGUCAGGCCAGGAGGGCCAGCAAGCCUAGGCCCAGCUGUCUGAGCAGAUGGUGGAUGCCCCGGAUCAGCAUGCUGGACUGCCCACCUCUAGGCUGGCUCAGCAGGACUCCACACCUGCAGACCCCAGAGGCCUGGCCCAACUUUAGUUCCUAUCCUCACUGCUGCAGCUUGGGACCCUGCCAGAGCCCAGCUGCUUUGGCAGCACUGAGGACCCACCUGCCUCAGUAGCCAAGAGCCCAUGAAAGGACCCCAUGUAAAGGGGGCCUCACUAAGCCUGUCUCCCCACCCUCUCAGGGCCUGCCAACCCCCCCGCCAGUGGACACCCACAGGGCUUGUCACCUUCCUUCCUAUUCACCAUUCUCUCUCAUAGCCUGCUGGGACCUCAAGUCAGAGCUGAGAUCCAAGGGGGCUCUGUCCCUGCUCUUGAAGCACACACCUACAACAUCAUAACCCCAAACUGCCCAGCCCUGUCCUUAGAAGCUGCAGCAUGCUGAGUCCAAUAAACCUGUGCUUGGUGC